AUGUUUUUACUGAUUGCAACCAUUUUCAUCUUUCUUAUGGGUGUACAUAGUUUUCCUCGUCGGCAUUUCUAUUUGACACCAUUGUUUGCAUUUAUUGGGGUGUUAUUAUUGUUUGUUUCACUUGUUCUUUAUGCACGUUAUUCAAAAAUUAAUGGUAUUAGCGCACGUUUAAUAAUAGCAGCCAUUGUUUUGGGCUAUGCCAGUUUCGGAAUCGUCGUCUACAUUGCUGGAAGAUAUUCGAUUUUCUAUAAGAAAAAUCCGACUGAUUUUCAUUAUACAAAGACCGAAACAAAUGAAGAAACAGGCAACAAAGUCGAAGAAGAACGAACAAUACCUAAUGAAGAAAAUUAA